CAAUAAAGUGACACAUUUUCUUUAUGCAAUAUCUUUCCUCAAGCACAUUUUCUCAAAUAAAUUAAGAAAAUUACUGUUAUUAAAAUAUUCAAAAUAAAUCAUACACAUUUUUUUCUUUUGUUACAAUUCGAAAUUAUGACAGAAAAAAUGUUGACAAUCCUAACGGUACUUUGAGGUUAGAACUCGUGUUAUGAUGUGUCAAACUGUUAUUCGUUUAAUCUUGAUUAAUUCGUGGCAUUUGUAAUGUGUUGCAAAUAAAAUAACUAUAUUUAAUAAAUAAUUACUUUAACUGAUUAGACUGAAUGAUAAUUUCAAUAAAAACAAAUUUUAUUUAAUUCUUUUUUAUCUAAGAUAAAGGAAGAUUUAUUUGCAUUAAGUUUACUCUGUAAACAUUUAAAAUAAAUGUGAUAUUUAUUUAUUUAAAUAAGAAUUAUUAAUAUUUUAUUCAAAAUUGUGCAAAAAAUUAUAUUGUUAAUAUGAAGUGGCCUUCGUUUAGCCUCAUUAUUUCGGGGGUGUUUUUGACGUACAUUUGUUAUUCAAUAUAUUCCAUAUCUCUUAUAUUUAUUCCUCCUCCUUGUGAGAAGAGAGAACUUUGUAUAAGUUCUUAUUUAAAUUCAAAGCCAGAUAUGCAGUUGGAUUUUUUCAGUUCUACUAAAAGUCGUCCUCUUCAGGCAGAAACAAUUCACGUCUUCUCAUCUUCAAAAUUUAACUACGAAGAAGCUCAAGAUUUUCAAAUAACAUUGACUAUUCCAGAAAAAACUAGAAAAAAUGGAACUUUAUUUUUACAUGUUUUUUUAUCUCCUUUUUUUGAAACUGAACCAAGAACAUUUUAUGAUUUACAAAAGAAUAAGUAUGCGGUCUUUCUUCCAAUUAAAAUGACCCAGUUUGCAGUUCCAGAAUUGAAAGGAUCUAAUUUAUUAGGAGUUGAGCAGAAUGAAGGACAUAAAAAAAAAUCAAGGACAAAGUCAAUUUCACAUUUAAAGAAUAAAGUUACUUUCACAAUUAUGACUGAUCCCGUUGAUCUUCCAACUAAUAAUAUGCCUUUGGAAUUUAUGCCCUAUAUGAAACGAAUUCAAACUCGAAAAUACCUUCCAAUGAUUAAUUACAAUUUUCUCGAGACACGAUUGACUAAUUUGAUUCCAAUCAUGACUGAUUUGAAAUCUGAGAAUGUUACAAUUUCCUAUUCGCCUAUAUCGGUUGGAAAAUUAAGAUUAAUCUUACACGUUGAAGCUGCAAUGAAAAAAUUAAAAGAACUUGGUUUUGGAGAUAAAGAUGUUGAUGAAGUUAAAAGUAUAUUAGCUGAUACAAAUUUAUAUUUAUUAGCAGGAACUGUCUUCGUUGCUUCUAUGCAUCUGCUUUUUGAUUUCCUUGCCUUCAAGAAUGACGUUAAUUUUUGGAGGGGUAAAAACAAUCUUGCCGGUCUCAGUAUUCAAACAAUUCUAUGGCGUGCAUUUAGUCAAACUGUUAUAUUUUUAUAUCUUCUCGAUGAAGGCACUUCAUUACUUAUUUUAAUUCCAUCAGGAAUUGGUUGCAUAAUAGAGUUGUGGAAGUCGAAGAAAGUUUUAAGAGCCGAAUUUGUAAGAGAAGGUUUCUUCAUAAAGAUGAAAUUCAAUUGGAACAAAUGUGAUUCAUUGGAAACGAAAUCUCGACAAUUCGAUGCAGAAAGUAUGCGAUAUUUGAGUUAUCUUUUAUAUCCACUUGUUUUCGCUGGUGCAGUUUACUCUCUAGUUUAUCAAGCUCAUAAAAGCUGGUAUUCCUGGUGUAUAAACUCUCUAGUGAAUGGAGUUUAUGCUUUUGGUUUUCUCUUCAUGUUACCUCAACUGUUUUUAAAUUAUAAAUUAAAGUCAGUCGCGCAUUUACCUUGGAGAGCGUUUAUGUAUAAAGCGUUCAAUACAUUUAUUGAUGAUAUUUUUGCAUUCAUCAUAACAAUGCCAAUGGCUCACAGAGUUGCUUGCUUUAGAGAUGAUGCUGUAUUCCUUGUCUACCUUUAUCAACGAUGGCUUUAUCCUGUUGAUAAGUCACGCUCGGAUUCGGCAACAAUUGAGGAAGAACCUGCAACUGUCAAUGAUUCGGUGAAGAAAAUUCAAUAGGUUUUAAUAUAUAUUAAAAAGUACAAAUUUUAAUGGUCUCAAUGACUUUUCUUGCUCAAAGUCUGCUUGUGCAUUUCUCACAUAUUGUAAUAUGUAUAUACAUAUGUAUUAACGAAAUAUUUGACUGUGAUUGAAAAGUUUAUAAUAAUUCAAGUCGAAUUUUUGACAAUUUACUUUUCAAUAAGAAGAAAUUUACACAAUACUAUUAACAGUAUUCCAUUUCAUAUUAAAAAAAUAUAUAAUUUAAAUAUAGCAAUAA